AUGAAGCUAACGAACAUCUUCUCAACCUUUCUCAUCGCCAUGGGCGCAGUAGCGCAGCAGAACCACUCAAGCCCACCAGACAACGGCAUGAACACAACCAACGGCGAAGCAGAAGACCAGGGCAAAGACCUGGCAACAAUGAACCGCUGGGUGGAAUGGUUCCCCCUAGACGACGAUCAAGAGACCUGUGCCGACGCUCAGGCCAAGGAGGUCGGAGACAUGGUCAUCUUCAAGGCGGACUGCCAGAGAGUCGUCGACUACAUGAACAGCAGGAGCGGGUACUGGACAGUCUCGGGCUAUGGUGGAGGGGAUAUCUACGCCCCGCUCGUCAACCGGGGGACAUGUUCUUUUUCCGUGGCCCGUGUGGACGGGCAGAAUUUGUAUUUUGAGUUCGGUAAUUUAGACGUGGUGUACUUUGUCCAGCAGGCCAUGAGGACGAGCGCCAACGCCAAUCACAUGGCAACGGUCAUCGGAAGUGUACAAUGCGAUGGCGAGAACUCGCCUCUGGUCGAAUGGAAGGUAGGUCUGCCACCCUCAGGGGGCGUGCUGUCGGCGCGCACCAGCGCUGUGGGCUGGAUAAUGCCAACCACCCUGCCUGGACUGGGGAAGCGGCCGAAGCUCCCGGAUGGCGAAACCUAUCGCCGCGUGACAAUGACAAAUGGGCGUGCCAGGGUUGGACGAACUGCCUCGGCGGAAAGCAUUGACGGCACUCGCCGUGGUGGUCGCCAGCGAUACGCGAACACGAUAUCGGACGUUGAAACGGGCACGAGCUUGCCUGGCGAGGCUGUCAUUUGUACGGGUGAGGCCUCGGCAUCUUCGUCAUGGAUCGCCAAGAACUACAGUAAGUCGGUUUGUGUGAAGGGAGAAUCCGAGGCCAUCGUCAUGUCGAUUCCUGCCUGGAAUGGAACCGCCGUCAUCAUCAAUGAACCCGAGAGUUGCCGGCAACGCCACUGUAACGAACGAAAAGGUGAGACGGUCAGUAGCUUGGACCUCGAGACCGAGCGAAGGCUUGGCGUUGUGUUCCAUCUGGGCGAAGGCGAACAAGAGUGGCCCCGAUCUUGCACCGGAUCAAGAAAACCUCGGCCCCCGCGAGAGGGAGGCGAGGCCUCAUUGGGCGGCGGCACACCACCAACUUCCAUCGGCCAGCCAGCCAUCUGGCAAGUCUUUGCCGAAACGAGAGCGAAAUCUUGGGGGCUCGGAAAUUCAUCACGAAUAUGGAAAGAAAUUGCCGCGGCCGCCUCAAGAGGCUGGGAGUUGAUCCGAAAACCUCGUGUCAAGAAAUAUCAAGAUUGCACGUCACCCAAACCAGCGAAUCUGCCACAAGGCUCGCCCCAGCCGAUAUCGUCCAUGGUCAUGGGCGAGCGUCCGACGAGUGAGUGA